GGGAGGCGGCGCCGUCGCGGGGUCGCCUUCGCGGGGGAACAAGCGCUCCGGCCGAAGCAGCUCCGGGAUCGGGAAGGGCCCGACGGCGGCUGAGCAGAAAUUCCAGGCCUUUAACUCCACCAUCGGAUAUUGCAGGACUUUAUACCGGCCGAAGUGUUUUGGAGGCAGCUGUGGAGCAAAGGGAACAUCUUGGCCUGUGGCUUCCCUUCCUUCCUUGGCGGAGGCAGUGGGGUAACCUCUGCCUUCCCCUUGCCCCACUCCUGGCUGGGGAGGAGGGUGAUGGCUCGCUUGAAACAGCUUGGAUUCCUUCUGGCAGUCUCUCUCCAGUCCUGCUUACAGCCCACUUUGUGUCAAGGCACUAACAGCACUCCAGUGGAAACCACAUCCUUUCCUCCCUCUCCUUCAUAUGGCCUUUCGAAGUCGGAGCUGGCGGCAGCCAUCGCUGUGCCCUGUGUUUUUGGGGGCCUCCUGCUGAUCGGCCUCCUGGUUUUUAUGGGACUCAAAAUCCGGGAGAAGAGGCAGACAGAGGGCACUUACCGCCCAGCAGCGAGGAGCAGGUGGGUGCCCGCGUCGAAACUAACACCAACCUCAAGCUUCCCCCGGAAGAGCGACUCAUCUGAGAUGGGGGAAAGGGCUCUGCUUUUGGGUCUCAGCUUGGUUGGAGCUGCUCAACGCACUGGACUCCAAAAAAACUAACAUUUAAAAGGGUGCAUCUGCUGCUGCCAGGCUUGAGGUUUCCCAGCAAGCCUCUUAAAGCUUUCCCUGCAGGCUGGAUGUGAACUGCUGCACACAGGAGACACAUGUGUUUUAGAAUGAGCUUUGAGGAGCGGCUGGAUCUCAUGCAUGCACACUGCUGGGAAUGGCUAGAGGCAGACAGUUCAAGGCAAGACUGGACCCUGCCUCUCUGGGCACACAGAAGAGAGAGGGCUGCCCCCCUCAGCCCACGCAAUGCCAACCGCCCAGUGCUAGAUCUCCCUUCUCUUUGCUGCCCCAAAGAACGGACUCUUCUGACUCUAAGUGGGAGUGCGUGGAAUUGCCACUCGAGCUGACACAGGAGUUGUUGCUUUUGUGUGAACAGGACAAGAGCAGAGGGUGGGUGGGGAGGCUGCUCUUUGCUUUAAGGGUCCUGCCGUGUGAGAUCUGGGGCAGGCUUGCCUUUUUUGUUUUUAAAGAAACUGUAUUGCGCUGUGCCUUUCAGUAUGCCACUAUUUAAUAAAAACGAAUCUCCCUUCUCUGGCAAGAGAAAAGUCGACACAA